GGGAGAUAUUAUGAGGCUGUUGUCAUUAGGGCGAUUGCUGUUGAAUCAUUGAAUCUUGACUCGGUGGCGGUGCUAGGUUGGUGUGUGUGUGUGUGUGUGUGUGCGUGCGUGCGUGCGUGUGUGUGUGUGGCUGUGUGUCUCUAUGUGGCUGUGUGUGUGUGUGCGUGUGUGGAUGCGUGCGGGGUGUGUGUGUCCUUUUCUCCCUUCUGCCUGCCUUUCUUUCUUUUCUCCUUGAUUUAUUUCCCCCUCUCUCAGGUCAUCCCAUGGUUUUCAGGUCCCCUUUAGAGCUUUAUCCCACCCAUUUCUUCUUGCCAAACUUCACCACCGACCCGCAUCACCGCUCCUUACUUCUCGCCAGUAGCAGCAGCAGCAGCAGCAGCAGCACGGGCUGCAGCCCCGGUGCUGGCGGCGGUGGAGGAGGCAGCUCCAGGGGACCGCAAGAAGAGUUGUCAAUGUUUCAGCUGCCCACACUCAACUUCUCCCCGGAACAAGUGGCCAGUGUCUGCGAGACGCUGGAGGAGACUGGAGACAUCGAGCGGCUGGGGAGGUUCCUCUGGUCGCUGCCCGUGGCGCCAGGGGCAUGCGAGGCCAUCAACAAGCACGAGUCAAUCCUCAGAGCCCGGGCGGUGGUGGCCUUCCACACCGGCAACUUCCGAGACCUCUAUCACAUCCUGGAGAACCACAAAUUCACCAAGGAGUCCCAUGGCAAGUUGCAGGCCAUGUGGCUCGAAGCGCAUUACCAGGAGGCCGAGAAGCUGAGGGGUCGCCCGCUAGGGCCGGUUGAUAAAUACAGGGUGAGAAAGAAGUUCCCGCUGCCCAGGACCAUCUGGGAUGGAGAGCAGAAGACGCACUGCUUCAAGGAGAGGACUCGCAGCCUCCUCAGGGAGUGGUACCUGCAAGACCCCUACCCCAACCCCAGCAAGAAAAGGGAACUGGCGCAGGCCACCGGCCUCACCCCCACGCAAGUAGGCAACUGGUUCAAAAACCGAAGGCAAAGAGACAGAGCAGCCGCUGCUAAAAACAGGCUCCAGCACCAGGCGAUAGGACAGAGCGGCAUGCGGUCGCUGGCAGAGCCCGGCUGCCCUACACAUAACUCGGCCGAGUCUCCGUCCACGGCGGCCAGUCCUACCACCAGCGUCUCCAGUUUGACAGAAAGAGCCGAGACGGGGACCUCCAUCCUCUCGGUAACCUCCAGCGACUCGGAAUGUGAUGUAUGAUACCGGCAAACAAUCCAAACCAACCAGCCAAGCACCCUCUCCCCGACCCAGACCAAACAGACCAACGGCCCCAGAAUCAGGACACACAGACACACACUCAGCAAGAGAAACGCAAAGCAAAUACGUAAACAAUAGAAAACAAACAAACAAACAAAAAGAGAAUCCACCGCCACCAUCAACAGCCACCGCCGCCACCAAGAGAUGGAGCUAAAACUUCAACAGACAGUCACUGAUACUGAUGCUGCAGCGGGGGGAAUAAUAAUAAUUAUAUUAAAAAAGUGACAAUUGCAUUCUUUUUAGGACAAGCACGAUUUCUCUUUUGCGCUUUUCCAUGGACGCAUUUCACCCACUUGCAUGAUAAUGAUGAUGCUGAUGAUUAAAUUUGUAUCUGGGAAAAAUAUUCUCUAUAGUAAAGAAACAAAAACAAAAAACAAACAAAAACAAAACAAAAACUCCGAUCGAAUUUGUAUAAAAACAAUAAAAAUAAAAAAAAUAAAAAGGAACUCCUUGAAGAGGGAAAUAACAAAUGUUUAUCGCCUUUUUGUUGGUUCUCUUUCUCUCUCUCUCUCUCUCUCUCUCUCUCUCUCUCUCUCUCCCUCCCUCCCCCUCUCUCUUUCUCUCUGUUUUUAAGUCCAAGUGAUGGUCCAGCCAAGAUGCAAUCUUCUGUUUUUUUGUUCAGCAGACAAUCAUUUUAUUCGUAAGCACCUUUUUUUCUACACUUCUGUCACUGCCUGUGUGGGUACUGGUUAUAAAUGUGGAAAAAGAAUAGUUAUGACUGUAACAGAUUUUUAUUUUUAUUUCAAAAUUUUAUAUGAAUUAUGUAUAUCUUAAUGAUGCGGUCAUUUUCCCAGUUUGUAAUAUAUGUGUAGAAAUGCCUGUAUAUGAUAUUUGCUCUUUUCUUUCUUUCUUUCCUCUCUCUCGCUCUCUCUCUCUCUGUCUCCACCUCUCUUUCUCUCUCUCCUUUUUAUUUUCCUUGACUUGGUGUUCCUUGCACAAACUUAGCUGUCACGAUCUGACGUGCUAGGUUUUAAAAAGGGACCUCAGCGAUAGAAAACAGCUUAGAGUGCAACUGUAGUUAUCUUAUGCAAAAGCUAUUUUGAGUAUUUCAUAGCAGCUUUGGGGUCUCUUCUUAAACUCCACGUAGGACGCUUAUACUAUUGUUUCCUUAACUGCGUGUUUAUCUAUAUGUACAAACUUUCUAAAUCAAAUACAGUAUUCCAUUUUCUUAUCUAUUCAGCGAUGUUGGUGUUUUUGUCUAUUGCAAAUUAUAUAUCUAUAUCUAGAUAUUACCCCACACACCCUAACUGAGAAAUAAUUGUUUAAUCUUUGCUUGGUUAGGUGAGCCACUAUGAAUUAUUCAAGUUUAUAUGUACUGAAGCGCUCAGGCUGGUUAGCAAUGCACGCCAGUGGAAUCUGGAAUUUACUUGUGUGUAUAUAGCAGCGAGGCGGGUUUAGCUUUUUUGUUUGGUUGGUUUUGGUUUUAAUUUCUCUGUGUUUUGAAGUAAAGUGCUGUGUUUGUCGCACAUUUAAAAUUAAUUUAAAAAUAAUAUAAAAUAAC